GAAAACAUCUGAAAAUACACGUAUUUACCUUAAAUUUUACGACAUCUGUAGGCUGAACUGUGCCUGACUGACAAAUAUUGCCAUCAGAGUAAAAUUUUUUUUUCUCAUAUAAGCUUGCAAAAAAGGCAUGAUGCGUUUUAUACUUUUACGAAAUAUCUUACGAACAAGCCUGUUUUAUAGCGUAUUCUUAAUUUUGACAGAGAAGGGAUUAUGUAAGUAUAUAUAUCCAUCAAAUCAACCGUCGUUUAAUAUUUUGCAUCUAUAGUAUAAAUCAUACGGAGCUUAAUGGCAUAGAUAGCUGAGUUGAAUAAAAUAUCGUAGUUAUUUUUAGAUUUUAUUGUAUUAUUUGGUGCAUAGGUGAGGAACUUUCAGAACAAGGUGACAACAAUUCUCCUGGGAACACCGUAAACAACGCUCAGGAGGAGGUAUGGAGAUUAAUGUUCUGGGAUGCAUGAAAUCCUUUGAGUUUCUGUGUGGGCCAGGAUUCGUUAAUUUUACUAUAAGUACACGGAUGCAGACCUGUGAUUAUUUCUAAUCUAGAGAUUUUUGCUUUUACACGAGUUUCUUGUUAAAUCUAUUUGAUUUCACCCACCUUCACUGUCAUAAAUACCUGCCCUUUCCCCUCUCGUCCAACCCUUGUUGCUAACUAAGUGAGCCUGAUUUGUUUGCAGCUGGUGGCUGGUGUAGGGAAAAAUAGGGCUCUUUCAAGACAAGGGAUUAUUAUUAUUAUUCAUAAAUCUAGGUUUUUUCUCUCUACUCACUCCCUUCGUACUUUAUACAAUUCUAUGAUCCUUCCAUAUUUGUAUUAUUGCAAUUUAGCUUGGGCUGGUACCUAUAAGUCAAACCUUCAAAGAAUUGUAACCUUACAGAAACGUGCGUUAAGAAUAGUAAGCAAUUCUACAUACAUUGCCCAUACUGGCCCUAUUUUAAAGGAACUUAAACUCUUAAAAUUUCAUGAUAUCCAUUCGUUUCAAUUAGGUACUUUUAUGUUUUCAUUCAAGAACUCUACACUCCCUUCCAAAUUCAAUAACUUUUUUUUACUGAAUAGUCAAAUCCACAAUUAUAAUACUAGGAAUGCUCAGUCCUUCCGUUUGCCACUGUGCAGAACGAACACCAGGAAGUUUUCAAUUUACUUUCAAGGUCCAAACUUUUAUAAUUCGUUAAAUUCUGACAUAACUAGUUCUCCCUCCUCUUCUUUUUAAAAGAAAGCUUAAGGAAUUUCUUCUCUCUAAGUAUUAGCUUCUGUAAGGCAGUAAUUCUUAACUAACUUAGUUAAUAUGUGUGUGCGUGUGUGUGUGUGUGUGUACGUGUGCGGGUCAAAGUUAAUUACCAUAAGUCCAUAUUGUAAUUCUAAUAUAAGAUUAGUUAUUUUAAGUGAGAAAGCCUGACUUGUUAUAAGCCUCGUGGUUUCUUUCAGGUUUUCUCGCCAUUUAUUUUCUGUCAUCAAUUUUCUUCAUUUUUUUUUUUCCAUGUGUAAAUGUCGUAUAUGGCAAAUAAAUAUUGUAUAAUAUUGUAUAAGGGAGAAAUACCAGUUUUUCCUUUCAGGGUUUGGUUUCUAGCUGAAUAGACAUCCCUCUCAUGGAAUUUUUUUUUAAUCCUUCCUAGCCCAAGAUCUGAAAAUCAAUUCACUAUGCUGUCUUUUAUACUCUUUUUUCAGUUUUAGCUCAGAUAAUUAUUGAAAAUUUUAGAUUUGAGAAUUAAGAACUUGAUAUUACACUAUUUGUUAUCCCUCAGCUGAUAUUUUUAUUUCUUCUCACAACUUUUUUGCUUGAAAUUUUUGAAACAAUGCAAGGAUAAUUUCCUUUUUGGUCACGUUAGGGAGUUAUGAUUGUCUUGUUCAGAGAAGCAUUUAAGUAGCUAAUGCUGAUGGGUUCUAUCUUUUUUUUUAGGAGUCUGUUGUUAAAGAUUCUGCACAAGGUGACAAACAAAGAAUUGAUGAAAAACCAAGUGAACAAACUGAUAAUUUAGACUCAUGGACUGAAGAAGUUCAAAAAGAGGUCCACAAUAUUGAGACUCUAUCCCAAAAACAUGAAGCAAGUCAAAGUUCUGAGCAGACAAACACAGACUUAGAUAACCAAAAAGCUUAUAGUGACAGUAAGGAAGAAGUAUCUGGACAAGAAAAUGAACCUUCUAGUGAGGAAUAUAGAGCAGAUGGAACUGCUAAAUCAAAUGGAAAGGCUCAUUUAACAAAGUCUAGUGAGGAAAAUGAUAAACAAGGAGAAAAAUUGAGGGAAGACCAUGUGGAUAGUCUUCCUGAAAACAUUGAUGAUAAAUAUGAUUCUGGCACAGGGGCAGCUGCUCACUUGGAAAGAGUAGAUGGUAAGGAAAAUAAGAAAGAAACAUCGCAGCAAAUUAAGAGAAAGAAAUCCCAGACAAGAAAAGGGCGAGCAAAAAAGAAAUUGAUUGAACGUGAGAGAAUAGAGGAUUGGUCUGACAAUGAUGAUUAUUACGAUGAUGUUGAUGAGCUGUAUGAUGACAACAUGGAUGAUGAUAUGGAGGAUGAUGAAACUAUGGAUGAUGAUGUUUUGAGUGAGAAAGGUUUAAAUGAUGAAGAAACUGAUAGUAUUGAUUCAUGGAAAAUGACAGAGAAGCCUUUGGAUGAAUCAGAAGAUUUUGAUGAUGAGGAUGAUGAUGAUGAACUUAAAGAACAAGAAGAUUUGCAGGAAGAGAUCAAACAGCUGAAAGGUAGAUAUGAAAACUCUGCUAUAUUUUCUGGUAUGUUUAAGUUAAUGUAAUUGUUUGCUUAGGACUUCUCUUGGGUUGUAUUUUUGUCCUAAGUUUGUCACAUGCUAAGCUUUAUUUUAUAGUACAAUCUAAGCUGUUUUAAGCAACACCAUAUUAAAUGGUCACCCUGUAUUAGGUAGUCAGUUUUUUAAGUCUCUGAUUUGUUUUCCUUUAUUACUGUAAUGUCAACCUUUGUUAAGUGGCUACCUCCAUCAAGAGUUUGUGGUUACCUUUAACUAAGUCCUAAUGGCCCAUUUGUAUUGUCCUCCAGCUCUAUUGAACUGUAACGUAACCCAGUAACUCCUAGAAAUGGUUAACUUCAGCCUAUAAUCUCCAUACAUUGUCCAGCAAACAGGUAACAAGAAUACCCAAACUUAUCAAGUUGACAGAAGUUGUUGUCUUGAUCCAACACCAAAUUGUCGUAACCAAUUAACAAGGAAAUGUGUAACAGCAAGAGGGGAGAAUUAACAAUCAGAUCUUGGAAAGUUAAAGGGUUAAGCAGAACCACUCAAAUAAAACUAAGAAAUAUCUCUCAAAUCAAAUUAUUUCCAUGUUUUCUCUCAUGAAAUCCAUGUUAGUACUUUGAGUUCAAAUGUCUUCUACACAUGGCAGAUUAUCUUUCUUCUUAGGAUUGUAAGGACAAAAAUGAGUUUUUGAUUGCAUUUCACUGCCACUACAGUAAAAUGUGGAUCCUUAAUGUUGUGGUGAAACUGUAUUAACCCUUUCCACCCUAACAUCAAAAUGCAUUUUCUCCUUCCUGUUUUCUAUACAAUUUUUAAGGUGCCAAUGAGGAAAAUUUGUUUAUCACAGGGCAUGAAAUUAACUUUUUUUUCUGAUAGCCACUUGGCUCCUAAAUUCUUCAAAGUGGUAGCCAAUUCAAAAAAGUUGGUUGCCAUUUUCAAAGACAAACAAAAUCUUUCUUUAUGCUGUCAGAGUUCAAGAUAGACCCUCCAAAAUUAAGUUAGGGAAAAGAUCUUUAACUUGCUACAAAGUGGACACUAGGAUGGAUGAUAUACAACCUUCAGGCUCAUCUUAAUCCAAGAUGGCGUCUAGUUAUCGAUCGAGAUGCAUGUGCUACGUUUUGGAAACAAACUUAACGAGGAAGUUUGCCGCGGAUUUAUCUUUGCAAAUCUUUUUAAUUCACUAUAUCUCUUGGUAAGGUUAUGAUGAAACAUUCUAGUCGCCAAUUUGGCGACUAACUUUCGGGAUUUGGUCGCCAAAGUGAAAAAUUUAGUCGCAUUGGCGCCUGUAUUAGGCGCAAUUUCACACCCUGUAUUAAUCAAGAAAAUAUAUAGUUGGUGAUUGUUUCCUCUAUUCUCAAGACCUUCAUGUGUGAUACAGGGGUUAUACUGUUGGGAGAAAUUAGAUACUAGUCACUCUCAGGGGUGUAAGGGUUAAGUGGUCACCCUGCCUUUGGCUGUGCAUGACCACCUAAUACAGGUUUGACUGUAAUUCACAGUAUGUGUUAAAAUAAGUUGGUAAUAUAAACAUCAAGUCAAAGUAUACUUUAGUUUUAUCAUGCUUGUUAUAAUUACUUAUGUUUUCUGAAGGAUGGACACCAGAGCAAAACAAUUUAUUUUGCUAACAUUUACAUCUGCAUUAUCAACAGUUUCCAGGGUUGAAAUAAAGUUACCUCACUGUAAUGUAAUUGGAAAUGGUUCCAGUCUGACUCAUAUGAUCUUAACACAUUAUGUGUUUUCCUUCCUUAGAACAAAACCAAGAAAUAAAGAAAGAAAAUCAAGAACUCAAAGGUUAGAUUUUUCCUACAAAUGUGGUUAUUCAUACUGCAGUGUGUAUUUUCUCAUUCAAUUAUGCUCAGGUCAAGUAAAAGAGUUGAGAGUAAUGUGUGAUCAAAAUUGGUCAAUGUGUAAUAGCAACAAAAUCAUUUCAAUGACCUAUUACUCUGAUGAAGUAACAUUGUCAGUGUCUUGAAACCAGGUGACCACAUCCUUUUAUAAAGGCCAGGAAAUUUGAAAUAUAGCACCUUAAGUUAACCCUUUCACUCUCAGCAUCUCACUAAUGAUUCUCCUUAGUGAGUACUAUACAGUUCUUAUAAUGUGAAUAAUGAGAAUUUGGUAUUGAAUCUGGUAAUAAUCCCCUAAACAAUAUUUGUCUUUAUUCUUAUCACUUUGCUUCUUGAUACUGAAAUUGAAAUUGUGAGGAUAAAUUCUGUUUUGGUCACUCAUGGGAGGAAAAGGGUUAAAAGUCACUACAGAGUACAAAAAAGAUCAUCAAUAUAUGACCAUUGUAUCUGAUAUUGGUCAACAGAUUCAACUUUACUUCUUGUUCUAUGUUCCAAGUGCAAUUCCUUGAAAUAAAAACAGUUUUAAUUAAAUAGUAGUUUUUGUUAUGUUUGCUUGAUUAGAAGAGGUUGGCCACUUGCUUUACCAAGAUGCCACAGCACUCCUAAACCAAACAAAACCAAACUACAAGAAGUAUGUAUGAACUAAACAUUUAUGUGUUGUUGAUUUUAGGAAUGUCUCUAUGAACUUAUACUCACCAUUUAUUGUUACAGAGCAUAUAGCUUACUGGAAGAAGCUGCCUUUCUUCACAACUUUACCAAGGCUCAAGAACUGGUUGCUCUAUCCUAUCUGGUUUGUAUAUACAUUCUUUUAAUAAAAAAAAAUUGGGAAAUGGACUUUUGACAUCAGUAAUCAGGCAUCCUGUUAUCAGUAUAUUUGAAACAGAAUUUUGGGAAUAGAAAACUUGGUAUAACCACUUCUUUAUAUCACAUGUUAUUCUACACAAGUCAGAAACACAUUAUUCCUAUACAUGAUUUGUUUGUGACAGUUUGGUGAUCAUCUUCCUCGCAACAUUUCCAAAGCAGUGCUGAUGUUGACAGACCUCGCCAACAAAGGCUCAGCUGUUGGCCAACAGGUAAUGACAAUAAAUUCCUGUAUUCAUUCAGUCCAUUCCUUCAUUGCUAGGGAACAGUGUGCAUGUUGUAGUUCAAUUUUUCCUUAAUUGAUUUUUUUAAGCAGAAAAGGAUAAUGAAAAUCAAAUUGGUUCAGAAUGAUUUAAAUCAAGAAAAAAUUAUAUGCUAACCACAACAUAUACAUGUGGUGUGGUAUGAAAUUUUAAAAUUGAUUUGAUUUGUUGCAGACUCUAGGAUUCUUGUAUGCUACUGGUAUUGGUGUCAACUCUAGCCAGGCCAAAGCUCUUGUUUACUAUAUGUUUAGUGCAUUAGGAGGAGACUUCAAAGCUCAAAUGGCUCUGGUAAGAUCUUUUGCCAACAUUCUUCAUAGACUCCUCUAUUUAAAGUUUAUUAUUAUUAUUAUUAUUAUUAUUAUUAUUUUGGUAUUUCCUUGUGUUUUACCCUCUUAAUAGGAUAAUAGCACAAAGAAGACACAAUAACAAGGGGAUUGGAAACAACAAGUUUUGUUCACUUGCUUCCCACCUCAGGGGCCAUUGUUUGAUCUUUAAAUCGUUUGGAUAGUUCUUGUUCUUACUCCAAGCAUAUUUUUCCAGGUCUUCUCAGUUUCCUCCUAAUUAAAACAAAUACUCCAAAUUUCAGGUUGACAAGGAAGCAGCUCAUAAGAAAAUAUGUUAGGUCACUUAUGACCAGAAAUUUAAGAGUUUUUCUUUUUGCUAUAUUAUUUUGUUGUAGGGUUAUCGUUAUUGGGCAGGGAUAGGAGUAGCUGCUAAUUGUGAGUCUGCACUGACUUAUUACCGCAGAGUGUCCAACAAAGGUAUGUUAUGUAGACAAACUAUAUACUUAGGUCCUAUUUAACCCUUCACUCCCAGAUGGGAUUAUGUUGUACAUUAAGUUUUCUUAGCAAUUUCAAUACAGUGUUGGUGGACAUGCUUGUAGCUAUCAUUCAGAGGGUAAUUUCUAUAAAUAUAACUCAGGAAAAUUGAUGCCAUCUAGAUGGUGAAUAUCCCAUCAGAUCGCUGUAGUUUAAGUUCUGUUGUAACCACAAGGCAGCUACCGUGUGUUCAUGUAGGAAGUUUUUUUUAUAGUUGCAGAGGAUGUCUCCUUAACUGGUGGAGCUGCCACUCAAAGAAUACGGCUUAUAGAUGAAGAAGAACAGGUGAAUUGCAUGCAGAUAUGUUUUACUGCCCACUUAGAAACAGUUCUUGUUUAUGGUUGAUUUGGUUUUGUAUUUGUGUGGGGAAGAGUUGUUGGCAAUGAACAAAGUGGCUCAAAUAAGUCAUUCUUAGAGAAGGACGUUUUUUCGCCUUGUCACAAGCGUGGGUCAGAGGAAAAAUUCUGAGUCCCCAUGAGGAAUCAAACCUCAGACCUUGGAUUCCGCACUUCAAUGCUCUACCACUGAGCCACAGAGACUCUGUGGUUGGUGAGGUCUACUAUGAAGUUCAUAUGACACAUAUCCUGCAUCCUGCUAAGAUCAGAAAUGUCAAUAGUGAUUUUUAGUUGCUAUGUUUCACUCCCUCAUGGCUGUAGGAAAACUAUGACAAUGACAGACUGAGACAAAUCCCUAAAACACUAAAGUAACUCCUUCAACUUGCAUUUUUGUUCUAAGGGUGGAAGCAGCUCAGUGCUAGAUGAAGACCUCAUUCAGUAUUACCAGUUUCUUGCUGAUAAGGGGGAUGUACAGGCUCAGGUAUGUUUUAUGUGGACUCUCCUGCCAGGAAGCAGGUUUUUCAUAAAGAAUUGUAGUAGAAAGAGUGUGUACAGUGUAAUGUUAAAGGGGAAAAAUUCUUAAUCUUUCAAGCAAAAUAGCACAGGCUGUCCAAGGUUAGGGAUAUUUCUAAUCAGCAUUGACCCUUUAACUCCCAUAAGUGACCAAGACAGAUUUUUUCCUCACAAUACCAAUACAAUAUCAAGCAGACAAGUAACAAGAAUAGAGAAAAAUAUCAAUUAGGGGAUUAUCAGUUGAUCCAAUACCAAAUUCUCAAAACUAGCAUUACAAGAAUUGUAUGGCAGACAGUAAGGAGAAUUACUAGUGAGAUCUUGGGAGUUUAAGGGUUGAUGUAACAAUUCAUUGAAUGUAUUCAAAGGUUUGUUCUAUUUCUGCCCUUUGAGACAAAUCAAUGUCUCUAUUGGCUGAUAUUCACAACACACAACCAAAAGGGUGAUACAUGUAGUUGUGUUGGCAUGCUGAUAAGAAGGCUCUGAAUAUCUGCAAGUCUGGUAUUGCAAAUUUCAGUAGCUAUACUUGCACCUUGGUGAAAGCCAGUCAUUUGUUCAGAUAUAAUAAUUAUUUAAGGAACAACAGUGCAGCAAAGAUAUUUUUGACAUAUUUACAUUUUCUUUAUUUAAAAACAUUUCUGUAGGUUGGCCUUGGUCAGUUACAUUACCAAGGAGGGCGGGGAGUUGAAAUGGAUCAUGCAGUAAGACUCUUCUUUAUUAUUUUUCUCUGAAAUGUGGCAUUCCGUUUUGAGCUUAAAGUUACUUAUUAUGAAACGCUUUUGGUGAAUUAACAAAAAAAUAUUUUUUACCUUCAGAGAGCCUUCAGAUACCUCCAGCAAGCUGCUGAUGCAGGAAAUUCAAAUGCCAUGGCCUACUUGGGAAAGGUAUACAGUCAUGCAGUUAAUAUCAGAUAUUGUGAUCUCAACGUACACAAUGUUAUAACCUCAUCUUUGUUUUUAUGCACCUACGAUACACUCUCCAUGAGAAUUAAAGAGGCAAGUAGGCAAAUGUUUACUGGAAUAUGAUACACCAUCUAUUGUACUGUAAUAAGGUAAGUUGUGGAAGUUAAGCGAGAGUGUGAAUCAAUCUAAGUCCCUCAUGCCUUGUGAAAAUCAAACCAGUUGUAAGUUUUAAGUUGCAUGGUUUAUUGCUGAGGGAACCUGAUUUUUUCAUAUGUGACCAACACUGAGCACACUGCUAGUAUUAACAUUGGUCAAAGUAACCUGUGUAGAGAUGAUUACCAUAAUGGACAAUAAAACCCAUAACUGGUUAGCAUCUUAUCUAAGGAGAGCUCAAUGCUAAUGGAAGUUUCAUUUUCUACUUGCAGCAAAUGUAGAUGUAAAUCACCAAAUCACUUGUAUUUUUCAGAUGUACUCAGAAGGAAGUACUGCUGUCAAGCAAGACAAUGAGACAGCCUUCCAGUGGUUCAAAAAAGCUGCAGAUGCUGUAAGUGAAUAAUACCUGAAAGGUGAUGUGUUUGUGAGGCUUCCAGAUCUCUACAAAUGAGAACUUUCUUAUUCUUGUUUCCUUUUAUUAUGAUUGCAGGGUAAUGCUAUUGGCCAAAGUGGCUUGGGUUUGAUGUACAUGUUUGGGAAAGGGGUGAAGAAGGUGAGUGAACUAAGAUUGUCACUUUUUUGUUGAGUCUAUAGAGCAAGAAGUAGGAGUGUGUCUGAAUAAAAGUUUCUGUCAAUGCAUAUCAGCCAAUUUUGAGAUUAAUGAUCAGAAGCUUGCCUUUGCAUUAAAUUUAACAGGACUAUGAGAAAGCCUUCCAAUACUUCAAACUGGCUGCUGAGCAAGGUUGGGUUGAUGGACAUCUCCAAAUGGGAACACUGUAUUACCGUAAGUUCUUUCCUAAAGUUGGUUUCUUUCUUUGUGUUGCUGAAAUCUAACUGUGUUAUCCUUAAAAUAUUUGGUUGAGAAUACUGGUACUCAUCGCUGGCUUCCCUAAAAGCUUGCCACCCCAAUGUAAUGGGUCAAACCAUCUGUCUCUCACUCCAACCGGGUUGUUGUUCAUUGCAGAUGGACUUGGUGUGAGGCGCGACUAUAAGAUGGCCAUCAAGUUCUUUAAUUUAGCAUCACAGACUGGUAAGGGAUGCUAUUGACUAUCCCCAACAACUCAAGCACAUUAUUACAAUUACAGUUAUCUGGUGUGAUAAUCUAGCUGACAAUAGUCCUGAAUAGUACCAAUCACAACCAACAAAUGCUACUCGAGUCUUACAGCCAAUCACAUUGUAACAAAACUGACCAAUCAGUUUCACAAAACAGAGUUACUUCAUUCAACUAUGGAGUAACUCGUCACUGAAUCUGAUGAUGACUUACACCUAGAUUAUCAAAGAUUUAUUAAUAGAAAUGGAAGUAAUUCUUUUUUGGACUACCUCUAUGCCCUCUCAAGGACUAUCACACUACACAAGUGAAUGUCACUCCUUGGUCUAAAAUAUGUACUGAAUUUAAAAAAAAAAAAAAAAGAUAAGGUCUGUGAAAAGAUUGAUUUAAGGCACCUGUUAAUGAUUAAUAAAGCCAAUUGCCCCGUUAUAACAGUUGAUAAAAACCAAUCCUAUUGUUGACUAGAAUGAUAUUUUACUGACCACAUUUUGAGGAGUAUGUUCAUGGAGCAACUUAUCUCACAGCUGACACUGUUAACCUUUUAACUCCCAAGAUCUGACUGUUAAUUCUCCCCUCUUGCUGCUACACAUUUCCUUGUAAAUUAGUUAUAAGAGUUUGGUCUAAGAUCAAGACAACAACUUCUACCUGAUAAGUUUGAAUAUUCUCAUUAGCUGUUUGUUGGACAAUGUAAGGGUAUUAGAGGGAGAAGUUUUAUGUUGAUCACUUCUGAGAGUUAAAAGGUUAAUUAGUUCAGUGAGCAUGAAGAAUCAGUUUUUGAGGCUUGAUAAGUCAUAGAAUUUAUGUCACUAAAUGUACUAUUUUAGGUCAUGUCCUGGCAUUUUACAAUCUUGCUGUCAUGCACGCAUCUGGAACAGGAGUCUUGAGAUCUUGUAACACUGCAACAGAGGUAGGUUUUCAGUUAAAGUGUGGAAAGAUUAAGGAGUUUAUAGAAAAAAAUGGAAUAUGAUUGUUUAAAAUGAACCCAUGUCUUAACUACAUUUCUUUUGUGAACAGAAAAUGCUUUCCUAGUCCUGUUUUGUUGUAUGAAAUUGUUGUGAAGCAAAAUCUGUGGAUUGCCAGAGAAAAUAUUGUAUAUAACUGCUGGUUACCAGUCAUUUUUCCAGUUUAGGCAAAUGUUUUGGAAAUUAUAUUUACACCCAAGGAGACGAUAACUAAGCUAUGCUAAGUAUGCUGGUAAAAAUGAAAGGCUCUUCAAGUAAAUCAAAGCAUUUGUAUACCAGAUACAUCAUAUCUGCCCCUUUCCUCCCUAGGACCAAGUUAUGUUUGUUGUAGACUGCCAUAUACACAGAGUUUUGGUGAAGGACAUAAUUAAUUACAUUGUUCUGAGUGUGGGUUAUCUUUUCCCGAACAGCUUUUCAAGAAUGUUGCAGAGCGCGGAAGGAUAGCACAGAUGUUAAUGGAAGCACACGAGGCAUACCGAGCUGGUAAUAUAGAUACUGCCCUGCUGAAGUAUGCAUUGCUAGCAGAACUGGGAUAUGAAGUUGCGCAAAGCAAUGUAGCCUACAUUCUUGACCAUGGUAAGCUUUUUGUUUUGUAAUCCACCAUGUUGUGUAGAGUAUGGAAGUCAGUAAUGUGGAUAUCAUUAUGAAAAUACAUACAUUUAAGCUCUGAAACAGCAGUCUACUAUAACAGACUGGCUUCUCUAUAAUAACAAAGUUCAUAGGCAGUGUUAAAUCUUGGCUACAUACACUGUACAUGACUGAGGGUCCUGCUUCCAUUUGCAGUUUCUGUGUAGUGCUUAAUGGUAGGAGUAAGGAAUCAAAUUUAAUGCCCUAUUUUCUUUAAUACUUGGCUCUAAGAAAAAGUCUGGAAGAGGAUAGAAUUAAGGGAAUUGAUAUUCAAAGGAAGGAUAGUCUAAAUAGAGUUAGUCCUUAUGAGAUCCCUCUACCAUUUUGAACACAUGGUUCUGUGUAAAGUUUGGUAUUCCCUAUCAUGGCAGUAUCAUCAUAAACACUUGGAUUUUGUGAAAAUCUGUAAAUAUGGUGUGUCUAAACACUGGAGAAUUGACUCGGGAAACCUUAUGUGGUGAAAAGAUAGUAAUUGCCUGUAUUUGUGACAGGUUUGACUUCAGUGAUACUUGAGAAUGAAACAUUUCCCCGAGCCCUGCUGUACUGGACAAGAGCAGCCUCUCAAGGUAAAUUAGAUUAACUUGGAAGGAAACAUUAUAAUUUUAAUUGUAAAGCGUCAAAAUGCUUGAUCAAAAGCUCAUUUUGCAGCAGUAUUCAUAGUACAUGGAAGCAAUUGAGAUUGAGAUAUAAUAUCCCUUUGUGUGAUGGAAAUUAUAUUUUUGUCAAAUUAUUUCUCAAGUUGAUAUUUUGACAACUGAUUGCCAAAAUGACUGCAAAACAGGCCUUGUAUUUGUACAUUUGUUGUUUAUACUUAUGUGUGCAAAGUGCACACUUUGGAACAACCUUUGAGGCUGUUAAUUUGACAAAACGUACAACAUAGUGUUUUGAAGUAUUGUUCAACAGUACAUUUGAAAACUUCAUUUUAUAGUGACCGCUGAAUAAAAAAAAUGAGUGUACUUCUUUUUAUUAGGAAGUGAUUGAGUGGAAGUAAAACCUUGAAGUGAAGCCUUAGAAGUGAUUGACAUGUAAAUUUUCCUCACAAUAUCAAAACAUUAGCGAGGAGUUACUGAGAGUAAAUAAACCUGUCUACUGAUGGGUGAUUUCUUGAUGAAACAACAAAUUCUCGUAAAUGAUUAAGGGAAAAUGAAUAGAAGUUUAAAAAGAGUACUACAAAUUAGAUCUUAGCACUGUAAUUACAGGUAGUUGACUGUUUUUUUUUCUUCAUUGUCAUUGAAAGGAAACACUGCAGCAAGAGUGAAAGUUGGUGAUUACCAUUACUAUGGAUAUGGAACAGAUAUUGACUAUGAAACAGCGGCAUUCCAUUACAGACUGGCUUCUGAACAGCAACAUAACGCACAGGCAAUGUUUAAUCUGGGCUACAUGCAUGAGAGAGGACUGGGUAUGAGACAGGUAAAGCAACGUUAUUUCUGAUGUAACACUUUAAAGUGACAUGAAAUUUGAAUGUUGGUCGUGGAAGGUUGUAGAGAAUGAUUCUUCUCAGAGCAGAAGAGCAAGAAAUAUCCUGAUUUAAUGACGGUUACAUUAUUUUGAAACCCAUCUCUUAAGCAUACAGCUGAAGUUCAUGAGAAGCAUCCAAAAUUCCUGUAACUGUACAAGUUCGGGUUUGAACCCAGAAUCUUCAAAACUUGAGACAAACAAGCUUCCAGUUUGUUAAAAGUUAUGCUCUCCCUGAAGUUAAUUUAAACCCACCAUACAAUGAAAUUCAGACCACUUUAUGUUACUCACUACUGGAAAUUUAAAGGUUGAAAAGGUAUGUAACUUAAGGGUCUAAAUUAUUUGUUAAAUCUCAAUAACUUGUGGAAUUUUUUUUCUGUCAGGACAUUCAUCUUGCCAAAAGGUUUUAUGACAUGGCAGCUCAGACCAGCCCUGAUGCCCAGGCCCCUGUCUCACUUGCUCUGUUGAAGCUAGGCGUGUUUUUUACUUGGGAAUGGAUUCAAGAGGUAUCAGAGGAAAUUGCCUCUAAAAGCUUUAAAUUCACCUCCCACAUCUGUUUUCAGAAUUUCGCCUUUUCACGUAGAGAAAUUUUUUUACAAAGUUACCGGCUUUGAUAGCUUUGAUAGCUUUCACGAAGCUUCUCCCAGAUACUUUGAAAAAUAGAUUAAACAGAAUUGAGAGAUGUAAAAUGUACAUACAUCGUUCAAAAGAUCACAGAAUAGCCCUAGAACGGGUAGAAAAUGGACGGAAUGUCGAGAGGAAAAUGGGAUAAUUAAAGUGGACUCAAAUUUCCGCUUUUGUUUCCCAUGACAACCGUCAAGCGUUGUUCCCCUGUGAUUGACUGGGCCAGACUAAUCUUUGAGAUAUUCAAAUGAACGUCUCUCUUAAUAGUUUUCCCUUUUUAUUGUUUGUUUUUCAGAAUUACGGAUCAUUGAACUUGUCAAAGUUUACCAACUUUGUUGGCGAUGACUGGGAUAUUUAUGCAAUGACAGGACUUGCCCUCCUGUUUGGAAUUCUCCUUCUACUUCGAAGGAGACAAUAAACAUCUUUUGUAGAAUUUGUACAGUAACCUUAGCUUGUAUGACUUUGCAAAAAAUUUUUGAUUAUAAGCAUAAUAAAAUAUUCCGGUUUCUUGUGGUUGGGUGAGUUUUACAUUUGGGGUUUCUAUUUGCCGUAAAGGGCUAAGCUAAGGAUGGAAAAGAUUUACAUCAACGGAAAACUGAGAACUCAGACACUCAAGGCAGGAUUUACAAGCUGGAUCAUUUCUCGUUUAAUUCCUUUUUAACCAAGAGAUCUUUUGAAUUUUAUGCCAUCGCAAUUUAUUUGUUUUAGAUAUCCUUUAAUUUUUAACAGUUUCCGGGAACUAGUUCCUAAUUUUCUUUUUCAGAAACACUGCAUGACCAUUUGAGAUUUUUAGCUGAGAAUUUCCCCAUCAGAACAACUUCACUGCAGUUUUUUCUUGCACAAAAUUGUUUAUUUUCCUUUGUUUCAAACUCAUUAUCGCACGUUAUGCAAACUCGAACUACGAGGUAACUUAAUUAUGAUGCACAAGAAACAUUUGACCAAAAUAUUUUUGAUAGGUUUACUUUUGAGCGCCGUUUUGUCGCCUGUUAGUCAUUAAAUCAGUCACAAUCGCUUCAAAGUCAUGUAUGAAGCUACAUCAACUAGUUGUGUCAAUGUUCACUUUUUUGCUACGUAAUCACAGAUGUUCAAUUAUAGAAAGUAAAAUUUCCAGGUACCAAAAGCCUAUCUUAAUGCCUAGGAUUUUCACUACAU